AUUUUCUACCGAAGUCUUUAAAUUUGUCCAUAAACAUAGUUCAAAUACACGCUUACCUUUAUUCAGCCGCUUCGACAAGUUGUGUCAACAACUGAUCUGAUGCUUUCAAUUGUCCCACGCUACAACUAGCCUGCCUUUUUCAGUUACUUAACUAAUCGUUACCAUUUUUAAAUGUGAACAUUUUCAUAAGCAAAAAUAUUUAUCAGCAAAUGUGGUCACAAUUCCAUGAGGUGGGCUAGACUAUCCUAGCUCCUUUCUAUAGUGAACACGUAAAUUGUCUUAUGUAUUCUUUCUCCUUUUCCACACAAUUGAAAAACUUAAAUGCUGGAUUGGGAUUAGUGAGAUAAGGAGAAGUCGGUGGAUGGCGGAGAUGGAAUCAGGAGCCGGAAACCCUAAUUACGUCGUCGCACCCGCCCCGACUGAUCCUCCUCCGCCACAGUUAACACAUAGCAGACGACCUAUCCUCUCAUUUCCGACGAGGCCGGCCGUACGAGUUACCACUGAGUUCGAUAGUGAAAGCGCAGUCUUCUUCAAUAAAAUUUCUUGCAAGUUCUUAGACAGCCUCGCCAAGUUGAAGUUUUCAUUCCACAAUAACAGUAAAGGCGACAUCUCCGAACCUCAGAUCAGCUUCGUAUCAAAAAACCUUAGCCUCCACUACGACCUCGAAGACCACAAUGCUCUUGUUAAGAGCUCCAUCGAUGUUGGUCCAAGAUUUCAACUCAAAGCUGCUCAUGAUGUCAAGGCUCAACAAGGAGAGGUUGCCAUGGUUGCUAACUUGGCUAAUCCUGGCUAUGCACUUGAACUAUCAACUGCAGUUCCUUCUGUUGGAUUGCCAAAAGCAACCUUUAGAUUUCCUGUAGGUGAAGUUUCACUACAGGAGAAAGAGGAGGAGGAAGUCAAUAAUAAUUUGUUGUCAGUGAGUGGAAUUCUUAAAGGUCGGUUUUUGAAUGGAGUCUGCACUGCCCAGUACAAGGAUGACGACUUGAAAUUAGGAUACUGCUAUAAGGACGACGAACUGUCAUUUCAUCCAGUGUUCUCUCUCCCUUCAAAUGCUUUAACAUUUGCCUUCAAGCGUCAGCUUGGUCCCUCUGACAAGCUAAGUUACUGGUACAAUUGUGAUUCCAACUAUUGGAGUGCUGUCUACAAGCAUACCUAUGGUAAAGAUUUCAAAUUUAAAGCUGGUUAUGAUUCAGAGGUUCGCCUUGGCUGGGCAUCCCUUUGGGUUGGAGAUGAAGGUGGAAAAGCCAAAACUGCUCCGAUGAAGAUGAAAGUUCAAUUCAUGCUUCAAGUGCCACAAGACGAUAUCAAAUCUUCAGCUUUGAUGUUUCGAGUUAAGAAGAGAUGGGACAUAUAAGGGUCUUCUGGAAAAAGUUCUAGUGUUUUACAUAUGAAAAAUAGGUUCUUGUUUUUGGCAGAUUCAUGGUAUUGUAGUUUGUUGCAUGGACACUUUUGCAAGUGAUACUGAGUUACUGACCAUUUGACUGGCUGGUACUUCUCCUGUUCUCCAAGUCAGCUAAUUCCUUAGCAGUAUGGCAAAAGUUUGGGCUAAGUUUCUGUUGGAACAAUUUUCAACCGUACAAAAUUUGUAUAAAUAGUUUUCUGAUUUGAUAGUUGGUAGAUUAUGGUUAUCAGAUGGGGACUAUCAUUUGGCAAAGGCCAUGCCACUUUGCAAGUUGUUGUCUUAAAACAAUUCCUUCA